AUUGGCGAGCCAGCCAGCCACUAUCUUUUUCAUUUUUCUCUCCCUUUCACACACGGCAAAAAAUCAUCACUGUCUCCGCACCACCUCCCUUCUUGGUCUUCUUCUUUCUCGUUCCUUUCCCUUUCCUUUCCUUUCCUUUCCAUCCGCAAGUUCCAAAAUUGAGCGCAGAGAUAGAUUCCAAGAGCCACCACUGCCAGUGCCAGUGCCCGCCGGCCACCGCCAAUUCCGCCACGUCCUUUCUGCAGACUGACACAUUAAUGGAGUUAUUGCAACGGUCACUAUACGCCUCGGAGUAGAGAUUCUCUCCUUUUUUUGAACUCUUUACAUAAUAGAGAGGAGAUUGAAAAUUGAACCAUGAAGCAAGAGACUCCGCCGUCAACCCCGCCAACAACCGCUAGAAGAGCUGAGCUGGAGGCCAAGCGUGGUGGCGUUUCUUCUUCCGCAACUCCAACUCGGCUCAGGGCCUCUUCUAGCCCUAAACCAAAGAAUUUUCGAAAACCAGAGGCUUCAAAUGGCUUUUCACCUUCACAGAAAGCCAGAGCAAAAACAGUAGCCCCGCGAGACUCGAAUUUACAUAGCAGUCAGAGCGCGAGGAGGAAUCUUGCGGGGACGGAGCCCGAAUCAGGGAAGGAGGUUAAGGCCGUCGGCGGCAGGGCAGGCAACCGUCUGGUGGCUGAGCAAUUUGCUCCGCCACAGCGACGCUUGGUUUCCACGCAUCCUAACCCUGAAUCUAGUAAGAGGAAUGGACGUGAGUUGGAGCCGGAGAAGGUUGCCGACCGGAGUUAUGAAAGAUUGAUCGGGAAUUUACAGUCUGAGUUACUGGGAUUGAAAGCCGAGUUGGAUAAGGUGCGGACCCUCAACGCAGAGCUCCAAUCGGAAAACGCCAAGCUGUCCCAGGACCUUGCCGCUGCUGAAGCAAAAAUUGCUACUCUCACGACUCGCCACCAGGCUGUGGAGGAUUACCAAAAUCCUAGAUUUAAAGAGAUUCAGAAGCUUAUUGCCACCAAAUUGGAACACCCCAGAGUUACGGAUGAGGCAGUUAAUGAGCCAAGUCAUGGUAAGGCUCUUGCGGGACCACCAGCACCACCAAUGCCAGGAGGCACUUUGGAUGUACAGAGAAAUGUCACAGUAUGCUCCAUCCCACCCCCUCCACCCCCUCCCAGGCCACCGGCAAAAGGUUCCAGCAUUCGGAAGGGCUCAACAGUUGCAGAUUCUUUUCACUUGUUAGCAAAGCAGGAUAGAUCCAAACACCCUUCAGGAUCAAGGAAUCACGAUAAGCCGGUGGCUAUGAGUGCACAUAGUAGCAUAGUUGGAGAAAUACAAAAACGUUCAGCUCAUCUAUUGGCUAUAAGAGUGGAUAUUGAAACGAAAGGAGAGCUUAUAAACAGUCUUAUUGAAAAAGUGCUGGAUGCUGCUUAUGCAGAUAUUGAAGAUGUUCUGAAAUUUGUGAAUUGGCUUGACAGUCAACUCUCAUUGUUGGCUGAUGAGCGGGCAGUGCUUAAGCAUUUCAAGUGGCCUGAGAAGAAAGCAGAUGCUAUGAGAGAAGCUGCAGUUGAAUAUCGUGCCCUCAAACUCUUAGAAAGUGAAGUGUCUUCCUACAAGGACAAUGCUAGCAUUCCCUGUGGAGUUGCCCUAAAGAAGAUGGCUGGCUUACUUGACAAGUCGGAGCAGAGCAUACAUAGAUUGAUUAAGCUGCGAAACUCUGUUCUGCUUUCUUAUCAACACUUCAAAAUUCCAACUGAUUGGAUGCUUGACUCGGGAAUUAUUAGAAAGAUAAAGCGGGCUUCUGUCACACUUGCCAAGGUUUACAUGAAGAGACUGAUGAUGGAGCUAGAAUCUACCCAGCACACAGAAAGGGAAUCUGCACAAGAAGGCCUAUUGCUUCAGGGUUUCCAAUUUGCAUAUAGGGCUCACCAGUUUGCUGGAGAGCUGGAUUCGGAAACAUUGUGUGCUUUUGAAGAGAUAAAACAGCGGGUGCCAGGACACUUGCGAGGAUCUCAACAGCUGUUGGUUGGCAUACCGUCAUCGUAACACUAAUCGACUCUCUCCUCCCUGUCUGUCUGUUCAAGCUUCCGGGGUUGAUGAAAACAAGCGAGAGGAAUAUGCCCUUCUUUCUGGCUGGAGAAUGAAAUGGUGGUGAACUGGCUAGGAAGUCUGGUUACGGAGAACUCUUGCGAUAAGAAGUCAGUCAUAUGGGUGGACAGUGAAAUGGAGACACUUCCAAACCGAUUCAGACCAAACUUUCAUAUAUAUAUAUAUAUAUAUAUCGAUGUCCAGCCUCGAGUUUUGCUUGAACGAUAUUGGGAGCGUCCCUUGGCCUUAACGUUCGUGUAAUAACGCCGAACCUAGUUUUUUUCUUUUUAAUUUUUUUUUUAUGGAUAAUUAUCGACAGCCGGCGGAGGGCCAGACACUGUAAUCUUUGUUAUGAAGACAUGGUUGAUGAAUGAUGAAUCCCCCUAGUUUCAGUUGUU